UUCACUAUGUCUUCCUCCAAACUCCAAGAUGCGGAUGAGGUUUUCGAUUUUAAUGAUGUGAUUCCAGAGACCAAGAGGCUGGACAGCAGCUUGCAGAAGGCCAGAGCCCAGCUCUCCGCCAAGGGCAGGCGGCAGCGCCCCUCCAGGUCCCGGUUGAGAGACAGCGUCAGCUCCACAGAAGGGGAUGAUAUCUUGGAGAAAAAGGCAGGUGAUAGCUCUGGAAGCCCUCUCCACCGCCUGAGGUCUCCUCUCCGCGGUUCCCUCCAGGCCUCAUCUCCUCUCUCCGGUUCCUCACCCUUCACUCGUGCUGGCGAGUUCUCCUUUGAUGCCCCGACAGUCCGGAGGUCGGUGGAGCAGGAAGAGCAGCCGUCGUCGCCUCUCAUCCGUUACCGGCCUCUGACCAACACCCCCUCCCAGGAGGCCUUAGGGGGGACCCCCACCAGCUCCUCACCCAAGUCCUGCCACAGUUCAGACAGCUCACCCAUCUAUGCACGCAGGGAGAGGCACAGUGAAGAUGACAGCCGGGACACGAGCCCACCAGAUCCUGCAAGCCCAACUAUUGGUCUCGACAAGAAAACCCGGCGGAAGUUUCUGGAUUUAGGGGUCACCCUCAGAAGGGCAUCUUCUGGGAAGAGCAGGAAAGAAAAAGGGGGCAAUCGACUUUCCAUGGGCAACAGGGAGCUGAUGGAGGGCCCCAGCCGCGCCUCUGCCUCGACCUUCAUGCCUUUCUCCUGGUUCACGGACAGCGGCAAAGGCUCCGCCUCCUCAGGAAGCACCGCCUCCCCCACCUCCUCCCCCAAGAACGAGGCCUUCAGCCGCAAGAAGUCUGCCUCACAGGAAUCUACCCUGAGUGAUGACUCCACCCCUCCCAGCAGUAGCAGCAGCCCCAAGAUCCUGAGUGGAGCUCAUCCUGAGACGACAAAGUGCUCCUACCCCUACCACACCCUGUCCCAGUCGUCUGAUGAGUUCCUGGAUGAGCCUCUGAGUGCAGCUUCGACGUGGAGCAGUCAGAAAGUGGGGCAGUGGUUGGAGAGCUUGAACCUGGAGCAAUACAUGGCAGAAUUUGCCGCCCAGGAAGUGGACGGCCAGCAGCUCCUCCUCCUCGAUGGAACCAAGCUGAAGGCUCUCGGCGUCAGCAACUCUCACGACCGUUCCCUCCUGAAGAGGAAGCUGAAGGAGCUGAACGUGGCCGUCGAGAAGGAAAGGAAAGCCCAGGAGAAAGUAGAGAAGCAGAAGAAACUGAAGAAGAAAGAACGGGAACUGGAACAGAAGAAGAGCUAAGAUAAAUGGAGUGUGGGGGUGGGAAAUACGGGGGUGACCGCUUCCAGGCACACGGGGCUCACACCCUC